AUGUGUUUUGAGUCUCUCAAAAUGCGCCCCACCUCCCUCCCCACCCGUCUCUCCACCCCACCCGCCUCUUCCCACGCGCCUUUCCACCCAAGCCACAGCAUAACACCAGACCGAGGGUCAUUGCUCCAAUCAGCCGCAGGCAAGAUGCAGUGCCGCGCGGCUGCUCUCCUGCAGUGCGUCACGCAGCUAAGCGGCAGCGCAGCAGCGUUGGGACCCGAUGAGGUGGCUGCGUUGUCCUGGGAGGAGCGAGAUCCCCUCUUGAAGCUAUGGGUGCAUAAUGUGGGUUUUGAGUUUUCAGACGUGCUGCUUUUGGUUGGUCCAGAGACAGAGCUGUUCCGAGGCAUCAUCGGCCUGAAUAAAGAGACAGAACCGUCGUCCAACAACGCUCGAGCGAGGUGCCUUGCAGGCGUGGUGCUGCCCUCGCUGACGCUGCUGCACUCCUCUGCCUGCGUGGUAGUGGGGUUGUGUUGGGAACCGCAGCACCUCUUCCCGCUGCUGCAUGUGGUGCAGGCUCUGCUGACGCUGAGACCAACGGUAGAGAAGCAGUUCCCAGGGAGGGCAGGGCAAGAGGUGCGACGCCACUUCCUCCUCAUCUGCUCCUCCCAACCUCACCAUACCUCACUGCUAAGUUCUGAACGCCACUUCCUCCUCAUCUGCUCUUCCCUGUGUUAUUCCUUCAGCCAUGUGGACUGGGUAGAAAAGCAAUUUCCGGGGGAGGCAGGACAGGAGGUGCGGCGUCUCUUUCUCCUCAUCUGCUCCUCCCUCUGCGCCGCCGUGCGUCGGACCAUCUCUGACUUCCAACUCAGAGUGCAUUUCAACCCCACACAACCCCUCACCACCCCUUCCUCCCCAGCACGACAACCCCGCAACCACCCCUCCUCCCCCACCCGCUCCUCUUCCUCCUCCUCCACCUCCCUCAUCCCCCCCCCUCCUCUGUUUGAUCUCUCUCCAACGCGGGAAAUCCGGGAUGCUCUGAGUGCUCUUAAAGCCAGUCCGGAUGUGCUUCCUCUCACCAGCUACCUGGUCAACUUCGUCAUUCUUUGCUUGGACCCGUCUCUGUACCUGAGUACUCUUCUGCUGGUGUAUGGAGGGGAGCAGGGGAACGAGGAGGUGGGAGUGGCACGGGUGGGGGUGGCAUCACGGCUGCUGCUGGCGGCUCUGAAGCCGAAUCUGGAGCGCAUGGGAGACGCGUUCUAUUGUGAUGAGGGCAUGCAAGCCUUCUUUCUCCUCAACAACUGUGCUUACAUGCUGCACAAGGUGGCAGAGCAUGACGAGGAGCACGUGAAGCAGGUCCUUGGGCAGGCUUGGUUGGACGAGGUUGCAAAGGAGCUGGUGAGACAUCGAGACACGUACAUUCGGUGCAUCAGAGACAAGGUGGCACCAGUGCUGUGGGGUCAUCAAGCGAACGCUCAAGCCUUCACGAAGCAGCUUCAGGCGUUUCACAGCCUGCUGGAUGCCGUUCAGAGGCAGCAGAGCAUGUGGAGCAUUGGGAAUGCCGAUGCGCGGGCAAGCGUGCGGGACGAGGUGGUUUUGCAGGUGCUUCAGCAAUACAGGGACUUUUUGGACCGGCACAGGAACCUUCUGGACCGACACAGGUGGGUGGAAUGGAAGCAGGUGGGUGGAAUGGAAGCAGGUGGGUGGAAUGGAAGCAGGUGGGUGGAAUGGAAGCAGGUGGGUGGAAUGGAAGCAGGUGGGUGGGGAGAAAGAGGUGCUUUCUGA